AUGGCGGAUUCGACAGACCCGAAUCCCCCAACCACCCAAAAUUCCCAAACCAUCCUCGAUGGCAACCAGCUGAUCGCAAAGUCCCUUGCCGGGUUCGGCGUGGAUCGCAUGUUCGGCGUCGUCGGCAUCCCUGUGACCUCGCUCGCAACCCGUGCAGUUUCUCUCGGAGUCCGAUUUAUCGCCUUCCACAACGAGCAGUCGGCGGGUUACGCCGCCUCUGCCUACGGGUUUCUAACGGGUCGACCCGGUGUCCUCCUCACGGUAUCGGGCCCCGGAUGCGUUCAUGGGCUCGCGGGUCUUUCCAACGCCAUGACCAAUGCUUGGCCCACGGUGAUGAUCUCCGGUUCGUGCGAUCAGAAAGAUUUCGGCCGCGGCGAUUUCCAAGAGCUCGACCAGAUCGCCGCCGUGAAACCCUUUUCGAAAUUCUCUGUGAAAGCUAAAUCAAUCAAGGAAAUACCGGAUUGUGUGUUUCAGGCCCUUGCUAAAGCCGGUUCGGGCAGACCCGGUGGGUGCUAUUUAGAUUUUCCGUCUGAUGUUUUGCAUCAAACAAUUUCCGAGUCGGAUGCUGAGAGCUUAGUGGCUGCUGCGGAGAGGUUCCGAGAGUCGGAGAAGGUUGUGAAUGUGCCAAGUUCGCAGAUUGAAGAAGCGGUUUCGCUGCUUCGGCACGCAGAGAGGCCUUUGAUUGUGUUUGGGAAAGGAGCGGCAUUUGCGCGAGCGGAGGAUGAGUUGGGUAAACUGGUGGAGCGCACUGGAAUCCCAUUCUUGCCCACUCCAAUGGGAAAGGGGUUGUUGCCUGAUACUCAUGAGCUGGCGGCGACGGCAGCAAGGUCGCUGGCAAUCGGGAAAUGUGACGUUGCUCUUGUUGUUGGUGCGAGGCUGAAUUGGCUUUUGCACUUUGGUGAGCCGCCCAAGUGGUCCAAGGACGUGAAGUUCAUUUUGGUUGAUGUUGAUAAGGAAGAGAUUGAGCUCAGAAAACCUCAUUUGGGUUUGGUUGGAGAUGCAAAGCUGGUGUUGCAAAAGAUCAAUAAAGAGAUUAAGGAUGAUCCUUUUUGCUUAGGGAAGUCUCAUUCAUGGGUUGAAGCUAUAUCGAAUAAGGCCAAGGACAAUGUUGUGAAAAUGGAGGCUCAGUUGGCUAAGGAAGUUGUGCCAUUUAAUUUCUUAACGCCAAUGAAAAUUAUUAGAGAUGCAAUUUCAGGAUUGGGGAGCCCUGCUCCUAUAUUAGUUUCCGAGGGGGCAAACACUAUGGAUGUUGGUCGGGCAGUGUUGGUUCAAACAGAGCCUAGGACCAGGCUGGAUGCAGGGACUUGGGGGACAAUGGGGGUUGGUCUGGGUUACUGCAUUGCGGCUGCUGUGGCUUCUCCUGACCGGCUGGUAGUUGCGGUGGAAGGCGAUUCUGGAUUUGGGUUCAGUGCAAUGGAAGUUGAGACAUUGGUUCGAUACCAGUUCCCUGUUGUUGUGAUAGUCUUUAACAAUGGUGGUGUGUAUGGCGGUGAUCGAAGAAGCCCAGAUGAAAUUAGCGGGCCUUACAAAGAUGACCCUGCUCCGACUUCUUUUGUCCCUAGUGCGGGUUAUCACACUCUGAUUGAAGCUUUUGGAGGCAAAGGCUAUCUUGUCGGGACACCUGAAGAACUCAAGUCUGCCCUUUCGGAAUCCUUCUCAGCCCGAAAACCAGCUGUUAUAAAUGUAAUAAUUGAUCCUUAUGCUGGUGCAGAAAGUGGGAGGCUUCAACACAAAAACUGA